AUGAAACACUUACUUUCAUCAUUUUGUUGGUUAAUUAACGAUGAAAUAAAUUAUGCAGCUUCUUUAGGUGGUUUAAAUGUUGAUGAUUGUAUGAGAAAAGUUCAAGGAAAUGUUAAUUUAUCACGAAGACUUCGAGCUUUACAAUCUGCAACAAAUAAUCAAGAUACAAAGAAUUCAUUAAUUCUUCAAAUUGAUUCAACAUCUCUUUCUUUGAAAGAGACUCUUUCAACGUCUACUGAUAAUCUUUCACCGAGAAAUAUUCCAAUAAUUCAUCCAUCAUCUUCCAGUUCGACUUCAUUCAAUCGACAAAUAUUUGUUCUUUAUAUAAUUGUUGGUAAAUCUCAAGCAUUAACAUUAAGUGAUGUUACAAAUAUUGGUGCAAUUGCAAUGGAUGUAUCAUUAAGACCACAGAAAGUUCAUGAUCUUGUUAAUCGUGCUGGUCGUUUAAUAACAUCUUAUGUUUAA